UUUCUCCACAUAAAAAACAAAGCUCCCGCUAAACUCGAAGAGAGAAACAAGCCAUUAAUUACUCCGACUGUCUGACAUCCAGCCAUCUAUUUCUAUGUCAAUAAGUUCGAGCACAGUAGUCGCCGGAGCCACGGCCGACGACGUUUUCCGGCAGACUCCAGACACGAUCUCCGGCGAGCCUUUCGAUUCUUCCUCUUCUUCUUCAAUCUCCAACAUCACGCAAGCCUUCCCUUUCUCUUCUGGAAACCCUAGAGUCGAAGAGACCAGAGGCGUCAUGCAUCUCUACCGCGACGACGUCGUUUCCGCCUCCCCCUCCGUUCUCCCCGUUGAAAGAAAAUCUCUCGUCUGUGUUCUUGGAGUUCCAAAUUACAUGACGUAUGCAGAUUUCUGCCAGUUUUGCGGUUCAUUUAUUCAGCACAUUUUGGAGAUGCGGAUUGUCAGAAACGACGGAAUGGAAGAUCGUUAUAGCAUUUUGAUUAGAUUUGAUAGUCAGGACUCUACCGAUAAUUUUUACAAGCACUUUAACGGGACUCGGUUCUCAUCUCUAGAGGCGGAAGUGUGUUGUGUGCUUUUCACGGUAGAUGUGCAAUACACUGGUUCAAUUGAACACACACAGGCAUCCCCCGCAAGCUCUGCGGAGCAGCCCACUUGUCCAGUUUGUCUUGAGAGAUUAGACCAAGACACGAGUGGAAUUCUCACAACCAUCUGCAACCAUUCUUUUCAUUGUUCUUGUAUCUCAAAUUGGACUGAUUCAUCUUGUCCGGUAUGCCGAUAUUGUCAGCAGCAGCCUGAAAAAUCGAUUUGUGCUGUUUGCCAAACUUCUGAGAAUCUCUGGAUGUGUGUUAUCUGUGGGAAUGUUGGCUGUGGGAGGUACAAAGAAGGACACGCCAUAAGACAUUGGAAAGAAACACAACACUGCUAUUCUCUUGAAUUGGAUACACGACGUGUGUGGGAUUAUGCAGGAGACAAUUAUGUUCACCGUCUAAUACAGUCUAAAACUGAUGGAAAGUUGGUUGCGCUGAAUUCUCAUUGUCACCAUACUAAUGAUGGGUGUGGAAGCUGUGACUGUGUUGAUUCUGAAUUUAGUGACGCUCUUUUGAACAGUAAAGUCGAAGCUAUUGUUAACGAAUACAAUGAACUGCUUACCACCCAACUUGAGAACCAAAAAUUAUAUUUUGAAUCUUUACUGGAAGAUGUCAAAGAAGAAAAUGAAAGGGAAAUUUCUAUUGCUGUGGAGAAAGCCUUGGCAUUGAGACUUCAGAAGAUGCAGGCCAAGUUGGAUAGAUGUCUUAAAGAAAAGAGUAUUCUUGAUGAUCUCAAUGAGAAUCUGUUGAAAAAUCAGGAGAUUUGGACAGAGAAGAUAAGCCAAAUUGAAGAGAGGGAGAAAAGGGCUUUGAAACUGAAGGAUGACAAAAUUAGGGCCUUGGAGGAACAGCUUCGGGAUCUGAUGGCGUACCUGGAGGCAGGGAAGACGAUGGAGCAACUAUCAAUGUCCGACAAAAUUAAGGACGGCACUGUCUUGUCUAUACCAACAGAAUCGUCUUCUAGGAGUGGCUCAAAGGCUACUAAUAGCAGGAGAAGGAGCUAAGGGAAAGGUUCCGAAGGAUGGCUGGUUCCAAUUGUUUCCUUUGACACAAGUUUUGCAUGUGCUACGAUCUUCCGUCAACUUGAAACCUUUGAGUCCCCUCUCUCUUAUAACUUCACUCAAGCUGGACCAAAAGAGAUGUUAUGUAUAAUUCCCAUGUACAGCUACUGGUUUUUUUAUCUUUUCAAGCUCGCUUGAUAUGGUGAAAUAUAUUGAAGAUUCUUUAUGGUCAAUGCAAUAUGGAUGGUGGUAUGCAAUAUGGAUGUUGUUCGUGAUGGAAAGCACAAGGGUUUCGAAAUGUAUAAAUGAUUCCGAUAUAUGAUUAUUUCAAGUUGUUUUCAUUUACCUUCUUUGUAAGAUUGUUGUGUGCUGUAUGUUUUUUGUAUCGGGCGUGUCAUUUUGACUGGAUUCUUACUUCUUUAUUUUUAUUUUUUAUUAUUUUAUCUCUUUUUUAGUAAAAUACGAGCAUAUAUUC